AUGGUGAAGAAUUGCAGUGUUAGUGACAGAAUAAGCGGGGACGGUUUAUGGCUUUCGAAGCAUAAUCCGGACGCGGAUUCGGAGAGGAGGGAAUGGAAUGAUUUAUCCACAGCAUUGGGCUCGGUUUCUUGUUCUUCUCGGGCCGAUAAAUGGGUCUGGCUAGGGGUUGGCUCGGACUCCUUCUCUGUGGCGGCGGUCAAGAAGCUCAUUGACGGGACGAAGGAUUUUAGUAGCCGCUAUGUGCUGGAUUGGUGUUCUUGGGUCCCGAUAAAAUGCAAUGUCUUUAUGUGGCGGGCGGAGUUAGGUCGGAUCCCCACUGUGGGGGCUCUUUCUAGAAGAGGGGUUAUGGUGGAGAAUUCCGAGUGCUGUUUUUGUAGCGCUGGAUCGGACUCGGUCUCUCAUUUAUUCACUUCGUGUCCGUUUGCGUUAAACCUUUGGGAGAAGAUCAGUCUGUGGUGUCGGGUGCAUAGAUUUUUUGUUUUUUCCUUUAGAGAUUUGGUCGAAGUUCACAACUCCGGUCCUAGAUUGGAGUCGGAGAAAAAGGCGAUUCAAGGGGUUAUCUACACAGCUUGUUGGUUGUUGUGGAAGGCGAAGAACGACUUUCGGUUCAAUAACAAGAGGUGUAGUGUGGAAGAGAUUUUUUGCUAA